UCUUUAUUAAUAGCGUUUGAGUCAACGUGCGCAUACAAUUCGUAAACGUUUUACAAUAAGACAUAAGAUUAUUUCCGAGACAUACUUAAUAUUUUGUUGUUAGUUUUUUUAGUUGUCAGUUUAUAACAUUAUCAAAUUGUGUUUAAACACGCCAUUGUUGCCAUUAAACCGUGGAACGAAUCAUGUCGGAUUCAAGUGACGACAACCAAAAGCCCCAGAUCUUGACAGCUGAGUACAAAGAUGGACAAUUACAGAUUGUUGAGGUCACCCCGUUCGACCGUGACAGGACUGAGAGCCUCACGGAGCUGUCUUGUAGUGGCUCGUCGAAGCAAUACAUGCAGGUCAUAGAUGGUGAUAAAGGCCUUGUACAAUUUGAUCUGCUAAAUUUAACUCUUGUCAGAUCUCAAGAUGGUGAAGAAUCUUAUCAGCUGCUCGCCAACGACUGCGAAGGCGAGGGUAGCGAGAAUGCUGUCACCUGUGUCCUACAGACAAGCGAUACUGAAGAUCGCGAUAACCAAGAGUACGUUAUGGUGGACAGCGACAACGGUCAGGGUCCGUUGUUCUUCCUGCAGUCUGCUCUGCCCCAGGUCAACUCGCAGCAGAAAAAGGACGAGACACAAGUGGUGCAUGUUACACAAAAGAAGGUGCCGUCUGCCACCGAGAUAUUGGAAAAGGCUAAAGCAUUACAGAAAGUCAAGGCCACCAUAGCCCAGGCGGCUCCCCGGCGGAGGGGCCGGAAGCGGAAGAGCGACCUCCCGCCGCCCCACGAGCUGCUGGCCUCGCCCAACUUCAAGCUGUUCCUGUACGCGUGCAAGAUGUGUCCCUUCAAGUGUAACUCCAUCAAGGAAAUGUCAGAGCAUAAGGCGGCGAUCCACGGCGCGGCGCGGGCGCGGGGCGGGGGGCGCGGCGCCGCCGUCACGCUGCAGUGCGCGCGCUGUCCGCUGCUGGCCGACACGCACACGCAGCUCGCGAAGCACGUGCAGGAAGCGCACUGCACGACCGCCCCGGAGACGAUACGCUUGAACACUGAAGAGGUGGAGGCGGCCGACGUGCUGGUGUGCGGUGCGUGCGGGUUCGAGUCCAGCUCGAGACACGACUUCAGGCGGCACAUCGAGGACGAGCACGGAGUCAACACGUGCUGAUAGAGACGCGCGCCGGGAGCCCGCGAACCGCUGCACGACGCCGCGAGGACAACUAACAUGUAACCCUGCCUCCGAUGACCCUAUUAUCCAUUAUAUGGGUGGACGAGCUCACAGCCCACCUGGUGUUAAGUGUUUACCGGAGCACAUAGACAUCUACGACAU